AUGGUUUUACAAAAGCCACAUGGUGCCCAUAUCUUAUGGGCUGGGCUGCUCAUCUGCUGCUUUGUAGAAAUAGGCACUUGCCUAGAAUUCACAGGUGCUGAGGGACAGUGGGCAAGAUUUCCAGUGUGGAAUGCCUGUUGCGAAAGUGAAAUGAGCUUCAACAUGAAAACGAAGAGUUCCCACGGGCUGCUGGUUUACUUCGACGACGAGGGAUUUUGUGACUUCCUAGAACUUCUCAUCCUGAACGGCAAACUCAGCCUGCGAUUCUCCAUCUUCUGUGCCGAGCCCGCGACCGUGGUGUCCGACACAGCGGUCAACGACAGCCAGUGGCACGCGGUCACGAUAAGGAGAAACUUUAAGAACACAACCCUGAUGGUGGACAACGAGAUAAAGUGGGUCGAGGUGAAGUCCAAAAGACGGGAUAUGACUGUUUUCAGCCCUUUGUUUGUUGGCGGAAUACCACCGGAAUUACGAUCGGAGGCGUUGAAACUGACUUCGGCUGGGGUCAAGGAUCGGAAGCCUUUCACUGGAUGGUUAACGAACAUAAAUGUCAACAACACGGAGUCUGUAACGGUCAACAGUGAGGGGGUCUUACACGACUUCUGCGGCACGGCCAACAUGUGCUUAAAUGGAGGAGUCUGCAGUUUAAUUAACAAUGAAGCGACUUGUGACUGCUCUCAGACUGGCUUCCAGGGAAAGGACUGCAGUGAAGAAGACAGCCAAACUGAAGGUAUGGCACACCUGAUGAUGGGCGACCAAGGGCAGAGAGGGGAACCUUGGCUUCUAAGGUCCCUACUGAGCAUUCAAGGAAAAGAAGAGUACGUCGCAACCUUCAAAGGAUCGGAGUUCUUCUGCUACGACUUGUCCUUGAACCCGAUUCAAAGCAGCAGUGACGAAAUCACCUUGUCAUUCAAAACCCUGCAGAGGAACGGACUGAUGCUGCACACGGGCAAAUCAGCCGAUUACGUCAACCUGGCCCUGAAAAAUGGGGCUGUCUCUCUCGUCAUUAAUUUGGGGUCUGGAGCCUUUGAAGCUCUUGUGGAGCCAGUCAAUGGGAAAUUUAAUGACAAUGAUUGGCAUGAUGUCAAAGUUACAAGGAAUCUACGUCAGCACUCAGGCAUUGGACACGCUAUGGUAAACAAACUACAUUGUUCGGUAACAAUAUCCGUGGAUGGGAUUCUGACCACCACAGGAUAUACACAAGAAGACUACACCAUGCUAGGCUCUGAUGACUUUUUCUAUGUUGGAGGGAGUCCUAGCACAGCUGACCUGCCCGGAUCUCCGGUCAGCAACAACUUCAUGGGCUGCCUCAAGGAGGUUGUGUACAAAAACAAUGAUGUGAGACUGGAGCUGUCCAGGCUGGCCAGGCAGGGCGACCCCAAGAUGAAGGUGCACGGUACCGUGGCCUUUAAGUGUGAGAACGUGGCCACUCUGGAACCCAUCACCUUCGAGACGCCAGAGUCUUAUAUCAUCCUCAACAAGUGGAACGCCAAGAAGACGGGCUCCAUCUCCUUUGACUUCCGCACCACCGAGCCCAACGGCCUUCUCCUCUUCAGCCACGGCAAGCCCAAGCAGCCGGGGAAGGAUUCCAAGAACCCCCAGACUCUCAAGGUGGACUUCUUUGCCAUCGAGAUGCUGGACGGACAUUUGUACCUGCUGCUGGACAUGGGCUCGGGAACCACUAAGACCAGGGCGGUCAAUAAGAAGGUCAAUGACGGAGAAUGGUACCAUGUGGACUUCCAGCGAGAUGGCAGAUCAGGCACCAUUUCUAUCAACACCCUCCGCACUGCCUACACGGCCCCUGGAGAAAGUGAGAUCCUGGACUUGGAUGACAACCUCUACCUCGGGGGUUUGCCAGAGAACAAAAUGGGUCUGGUGUUCCCAACGGAGGUGUGGACAGCGCUGCUCAACUACGGCUACGUGGGCUGCAUCCGGGAUCUAUUCAUCGACGGCCAGAGUAAGGAUAUCCGGCGCCUGGCCGAGGUCCAGAAGGCUGCCGGGGUGAAACCCUCGUGCUCGAGGGAGCCUCCUAAGCAGUGUUUGAGCAACCCCUGCCAAAACAAUGGGGUCUGUAGAGAGGGCUGGAACCGCUACGUGUGUGACUGCUCCGGAACUGGCUACCUGGGACGCUCCUGUGAAAGAGAGGCGACGAUCCUCAGCUAUGACGGCAGCAAGUUUAUGAAGGUCCAGCUGCCAGUGGUGAUGCACACAGAGGCCGAGGACGUGUCCCUGCGCUUCCGCUCCCAGCGAGCCUACGGCAUCCUAAUAGCCACCACGUCUCGGGACUCGACUGACAGCCUGCGUCUCGAGCUGGAGAGCGGGCGCGUCCGCCUGACUGUCAAUUUAGAUUGUGUCAGGAUUAACUGUACCUCCAGCAAAGGUCCAGAGACUAUAUUUGCGGGUCAGAAUCUGAACGAUAAUGAGUGGCACACGGUGCGUGUGUACAGGCGAGGCAAGAGUUUGAAACUGACCGUAGACGAUCUGCCGCCUGUAGAAGGUCAAAUGGCGGGCGAUCACACCCAACUGGAGUUCCAUAACAUAGAGACGGGCAUAGUGACAGAGAAGCGCUUCUUGCCCAUGGUGCCGUCCAACUUCAUCGGCCACCUCCAGAGCCUCGCCUUCAACGGCAUGGCCUACAUCGACCUCUGCAAGAACGGCGACAUCGAUUACUGCGAGCUGAACGCCAUGAUCGGCUUCAAGAACAUCAUCGCCGACCCCGUCACCUUCAAGUCGCGCUCCAGCUACGUGACCCUCACCACUCUGCAGGCCUACUACUCCAUGCACCUCUUCUUCCAGUUCAAGACCACGUCCUCGGACGGCCUCAUCCUGUACAACAGCGGGGACGGGAACGACUUCAUCGUGGUGGAGCUGGUCAAAGGCUAUCUGCACUAUGUGUCCGACCUGGGGAACGGAGCCCACUUGAUUAAAGGCAACUCCAACAAGCCCCUGAACGACAACAACUGGCACAACGUCAUCAUCUCCAGGGACACCAACAACCUUCACACUGUGAAGAUCGAUACCAAGAUCACCACGCAGGCAACCUCGGGAGCCAAGAACCUGGACCUGAAGGGCAACCUUUACGUUGGUGGGGUGGCGAAGGAGAUGUUCAAGGAGCUGCCCAAGCUAGUGUUCGCCAAGGAGGGUUUCCAAGGCUGCCUGGCGUCGGUGGAUCUGAACGGGCGGCUCCCGGACCUGAUGUCGGACGCUCUGGACUGCGUGGGUCAGAUAGAGAGAGGGUGUGAGGUUGCAUUGAUGAAAGCUGACUUGCAAGGCCCCAGCACCACGUGCCAGGAGGACUCGUGUGCCAACCAGGGCGUGUGCCUGCAGCAGUGGGAGGGCUUCAGCUGUGACUGCAGCAUGACCACGUUCGGAGGGCCGUUGUGCAAUGACGCGGGAACAACGUACAUAUUCGGGCGAGAUGGCGGACUGGUCACAUACACGUGGCCGCCAAACGACCGUCCCAGCACGAGGGCAGACCGGCUAGCCAUCGGUUUCAGCACGCACCUGAAGGAUGCUGUCCUGGUGAGGGUGGACAGCUCCUCUGGUCUCGGAGACUUCUUGAAGCUCCACAUCGAAAAGGGAAACAUUGCUGUUGUAUUUAAUGUCGGCACAGACGACAUUAACAUUGAGGAGACAUCAAAGUUUGUAAAUGACGGAAAGUACCAUAUAGUGAAGUUUACGAGGAGUGGGGGUAAUGCCACUCUGCAGGUGGAUGACCUGCCAGUCAUUGAGCGCUACCCCACAGGCAACAAUGAUAACGAACGCCUGGCGAUUGCUAGACAGCGAAUCCCAUACCGACUUGGUCGAGUAGUUGACGAAUGGCUACUCGACAAAGGGCGGCAGCUCACAAUCUUCAACAGCCAAACCACUAUACAGAUUGGGGGCUGGGAGCGAGACCGGAGUCGAUCGUUUCAGGGCCAGCUCUCGGGCCUCUACUAUAAUGGCUUGAAGGUGUUCAACAUGGCCGCCGAGGGAGAUCCUAACAUUAAGGUCCAGGGCAGCGUGCGGCUUGUGGGGGACUCGCCCUCCUCCAUCACGCCGCAGUCGAGCACCACGGCAAACCGCUCGGAGACGUCCACAUCCAUCAUGGAGAUCACCACCACCACGGCGUCCAGCAGGCGAGUCAAGCAGACGACGCCACGAGAGCCUCAGCAGACAACCGACGACUUUGUGGUGGCAUCGGCCGAGUGUCCGAGCGACGACGAGGACAUUGAUCCCUGUGAGCCGAGCUCAGGUGGGUUAGCCAAUCCCACGGGUUCUGCACCGAGGAACCCGGGCACAUCGGAGGUCUUCAGGGAGUCCAGCAGCACGACGGGGAUGGUGGUCGGCAUCGUGGCGGCGGCGGCGCUGUGCAUCCUCAUCCUGCUCUACGCCAUGUACAAAUACCGGAACAGAGAUGAAGGCUCGUACCACGUAGACGAGAGUCGCAACUACAUCAGUAACUCGGCGCAGUCCAACGGCACCGUGGUCAAAGAGAAACCAGUCAACACUGCAAAGACCUCGGGCAAGAAUAAGAAGAACAAGGACAAGGAGUACUACGUGUGA